AUGGAAAAGAGAUGCUGGGCAGGGCAAUGCGUUGUCGUGGCUCUGCUUUGCGCCUGGAGCGUGGCCAUCCUGGCCAGGGCAGAGAGGCAGUUUGUCAAUGAAUGGGCAGCGGAGAUCCCGGGAGGUCCAGAAGCAGCAAAGGCCAUAGCAGAUGAACUGGAGUAUGAACUUCUGGGGCAGAUUGGAUCACUUGAAAACCAUUAUCUAUUUAGACACAAGAGCCAUCCUACAAGGUCUCGAAGAAGUGCUACUCACAUCACAAAAAGACUCUCGGAUGAUCAUCGUGUGUCUUGGGCAGAGCAACAGUAUGAAAAGAAACGAAGUAAGCGUUCGGUGUUGCGAGACUCAGCAGAAAAUCUUUUCAACGACCCCAUGUGGAAUCAACAAUGGUAUCUGCAAGACACAAGAAUGACUCCAUCUCUGCCAAAAUUGGAUCUUCACGUUCUUCCUGUGUGGCAAAAAGGGAUUACUGGAAAAGGCGUUGUCAUAACAGUGCUUGAUGAUGGCUUGGAGUGGAAUCACACAGACAUUUAUAUGAACUAUGAUCCUGAGGCAAGUUAUGAUUUCAAUGACAAUGAUCAUGAUCCAUUUCCUAGAUAUGAUCCAACAAAUGAAAAUAAACAUGGAACACGAUGUGCAGGAGAGAUUGCCAUGCAAGCAAACAACCUGAAAUGUGGAGUUGGAGUUGCAUAUAAUUCCAAAGUUGGGGGCAUAAGAAUGCUGGAUGGAAUAGUCACAGAUGCCAUAGAAGCAAGUUCAAUUGGUUUCAGUUCAGAUCACGUGGAUAUUUACAGUGCCAGCUGGGGUCCAAAUGAUGAUGGGAAAACAGUUGAGGGACCUGGCAGGCUGGCACAGAAGGCUUUUGACUAUGGCAUCAAAAAGGGGCGAAAGGGGAAAGGCUCAAUUUUUGUUUGGGCUUCUGGGAAUGGUGGCCGCCAAGGAGAUAACUGUGACUGUGAUGGCUACACAGAUAGCAUCUACACUGUCUCCAUCAGCAGUGCUUCUCAACAAGGCCAUUCUCCCUGGUACGCAGAGAAGUGCUCUUCAACGCUGGCUACAGCAUACAGCAGUGGGGAUUAUACUGACCAGAAAAUUAUAAGUGCUGAUCUUCAUAAUGAAUGCACCUUCACUCACACUGGGACCUCUGCUUCUGCUCCUUUAGCUGCAGGGAUUUUUGCGCUAGCACUCGAAGCCAAUCCUAAUCUAACCUGGAGGGAUAUGCAACAUUUGGUAGUCUGGACAUCUGAAUUCGAUCCGUUGGCCAACAAUCCAGGGUGGAAGAAGAAUGGAGCUGGACUGAUGGUGAACAGCAGAUUUGGAUUUGGAUUGCUCAAUGCUAAAGCACUGGUAGAUCUGGCUGACCCUAAAACCUGGAAAGGAGUACCAGAAAAGAAAGAGUGCAUUGUUAAGGAUAGCAGCUUUGAACCAAGGUUGUUAAGAGCUAGCGGUGAAGUUACUAUUGAAAUUCCCACAACAGCUUGUGAAGGUCAAGAAAAUGCCAUUAAAUCCCUGGAACAUGUACAGUUUGAAGCAACAAUUGAAUAUUCCCGCAGAGGUGAUCUUCAUGUGACCCUAACUUCUCCAUCAGGAACCAGCACAGUCUUACUGGCUGAACGGCAAAGAGAUAAAUCACCGAAUGGCUUUAAAGAUUGGGAUUUUAUGUCAGUUCACACCUGGGGAGAGGAUCCAAAAGGCACAUGGACUUUAAAAAUUGUUGAUAUGUCUAGAAGACUGCAAAAUGAAGGAAGCAUUGUGAACUGGAAAUUGAUUUUGCAUGGCACUUCAACCCGGCCUGAGCACAUGAAGCAACCUCGUAUCUAUACAUCAUACAACACUGUCCAAAAUGACAGGAGAGGUGUGGAAAAAAUGACAGACUUUGUAGAGGACCACACCACACAGGAGAACCUGAGUGAAAAAACCAAGGUGACAGAAAGUACCGCUGGCACAGAGACAACACAGGAGAUGGCCUUAUUGGACGCAAUGCUCCGGUUACUGCAAAAUGCAUUUCGUGGCCAGAUGGGUGGGAAUCGAGUACCAAAGAAGACACUAAAUGAAAAUCCAAACAUUCCAUAUGAGCAUUUCUAUCGAGCUCUCGAGAAACUAAACCAAGCCUCCCAAUUGAGAGACUCAGAGGAGUCUCUGUAUAGUGACUAUAUUGACCUUUUUUACAAUUCCAAACCCUACAAACAUCGGGAUGACAGACUACUCCAAGCCUUGGUUGAUAUUCUGAAUGACAAAGAUUAAAAAAUAGAGAGAGUAAGGCACUAGGUUGGAAACAUUCACACCCACCCCAUCUUCAUAACACUCCUCAUUUCAACCUGACUCCCACUUAUUCAAUUUGCAUGAUCACAAUUCUUAUUGCUUUCUAUAUACUAACUACCUAAAGAAUGGGAGAAAAGGAAAAGGCUGCUGCCAGUUAUGAGGUAAGCUCCACUUUAUUCAAAGCUUUCAAUAAUCCUGAGAGUAGGCAGCUUCAUUCAGGAAUGAAAUAAAAACAUAAAUGUUGAGUAAACACUAGAAAUUCCCUUCUUCACAAGCUACAAACAAAUAUAUGAGCACUGAUUUCUAUUAGCCCUAUCAAAAAAUUUAUGUUAGCAAACACAGUCUAUGACAGUGUUUCAGGCAGAACAAAAGCUGGCAACAAUCUGUCUUCUCCUUGAUUUUGGUGAGUUCUUCUGUCUAUAGAAAAUAAUUCCUUCAAGAAGAAAUAAGGCAGUAUCAUCACAAAAUCCGCCCCACACCUUUCACCCCAAAAUACCGAAGUUUGUCUAUGAGCCCAUUUUUUAUAUCAUGUGAGGAUUCACAUGUAAAAAUGUUCCUUUAAAAACCAUUCUCUACAGCUGAUCAGCUUAAACUGCUGUGGUUCAAUAAAUUUUCUUCAUUGGUGGGGAACCUCUGUCCCAUGGGCCUAAUUAGGCCCGUCCA